AUGGACUCAUAUCAAGCUAUGUGCAAUGAAGCUGGAGAUGAAGAAAACUUGAGACACACAAAGAAAGACCAUUUGAAUUAUUGGACAAGGUUGAAAAUGAAAAAUAUUGAAGGUGGUGAUGCACAAGCAGUCUCUGAAAUAACGUACCAGGAACUUGCUAAUGAUCCUGAAUUUUUCUUUAGAUUUAGAUUGAAUAAAGAAGGCAAGUUGAGAGCACUAUUUUGGAGAGACUCGAUGAUGAGAGAAGAUUAUAGUAUUUAUGGAGAUGUUGUAGUGUUUGACACUACAUAUAGGACAAAUAGAUACAAUUUGAUAUGUGCUCCUAUUAUUGGAAUUAAUAACCAUUGGAGAAAUUGCAUGUUUGGGUGUGCUUUUAUUGGAGAUGAGAAAAUUGAAUCAUUUGUAUGGCUUCUUGAGACAUCCAAAAAGUCAAUGGGAGGGAAAUGCCCAAUCUCAAUCUUCACAGACCAAGAUCAAGCAAUGUGCUCUGCAAUACAGAAGGUCUUUCCAGAGGUCAGACAUAGAUUAUGUUUAUGGCAUUUAGAACAAAAUGCUAUUACAAUAUUUGGAUCAUUGAAACGAGACAAGGAUUUUAAGAGAACAUUCUCCUACUCUCUAAGCAAAGACUUCUUCUCAGCUGGUAUCCGCUCUUCUAAGCGAAGUGAAAGUACCAAUCAUGCAAUUGGGUUUAGAGCAAAUAGAUUAACAAGCUUGACUGACUUCUGUAGCAUUUUCAAAGCUUGUAUACAGCGUUGGAGAAGCACGGAAAAACAUGGUGAGUUCUUGUGUAGUAAAUCAACUGCAUCAUCAGCAAUACCAUUAUCUGGUCUGCUGAAACAUGCAUCAGAAAUCUACACUUUGUCUUUAUUCACAGAUUUUGAAGAAGAAUUUGGGUAUUCCAUUGCAACUACCACAAAACUACUUUGGCAAAAUGGUAGUACCUUGUUCUAUUUAGUGAAUAUUACACUUACAUUCAGUGAUGACAGUACCAGAUCAGUAUAUAAAAAAGAGAUGGACAAAACCAACAAAGAUAUUGAAGCAAAGACUAACCAAGCUACUGAAGCAGAGACUAACCAAGCUACUGAAGUAGAGACCAACCAAGAUACUGAAGCAAAGACCAACCAAGAUACUGAAGCAGAGACUAACCAAGCUAUUGAAGCAGAGACUAACCAAGCUACAUCAUCAAGUAUAGCAACUGAGGCACCUCUAAUAUUAGAUCCUGAACGUAAAACAACAAAAGGAAGGAACAAAAGGCCACGAGGACCAAUGGAGAAGAAAAGAAAGAAGACUGCAGUACCACCACUUGAGUUUGGAGCUAUAACCCCUAAUUUGAGACUAUUUUGA